GAAAACAAUACGGCAUAGCCUCAACAAGCGUUGUGCUGUUUCGGAUGAAUAACAUAACAACAGUAAACAGAAAAAUGGUUCAUGUCUUUUUUGAAUGAUUUAACAAUCUAGCGUCAGAAUGUCAACUGACGUGUCCCUAGGGGGCUCAGAUGCGAUCCACAUCGCCACCGUACUCGAGGACUGUGUGGACCAGCUGUCAGUCCUCGGGAAAAUCAUGCCUGCAUCCUUCGAUGGACGACCAGAAGCUUUCAGUAUUGUUCACUCCCAAAUGAAUGAGUUGCUCAGUGGACAGAGGGAUCUAGAAACAAGAUACCAGUCCAUCCUUGCAAAGAAGAUUGACCUCAAACACAGUACGCAAAACACUGGCAAGCUCACAGAUAUGGAAAAGGAAGUAUUGGAGAUGGGAAAAGACCUGAAAAACAGCACCCAUGUGUUUGCGAGGAGUGUCCGACAGAAUCCACUGACCGGCGAUAAUAUGGUUAAAAUUCAAGAUGACCGGUUAUUCUUGGAGGGUGUUAUGACGGAGACACUCUCAGAGCUCAUUCAGAACUGCACAUUCCAGUACCUGGCUCAUGCUGUGGACACUCAGAAGGAGAGGAAGGCUCACCUCCAGGAAACCAUCCUCAAGGAAGAGAAUGGGAGGAAAAGAGUUAAGCUGCUUCAGAAGCAACUCACAGACAUCAAGAAAGAAAAGGAGAAAGAGAUACAAGAAAGAAAUGAAAUGAUUGCUCACCUGAAGGACCAACUUCAAGAGAUGAAGGCAAAGACUAACAUGGAAGGCAAGUACAUCAAGAAGUGUGCAGAGGUCAGCGUGGCGCAGACACAGAAGAAAUGCUCCCUGUCAGAGAAAGAACUCAAGGACGAGAUCGAGGGUCACCGUCAUGAGAUUGACGAGGAGAUACGAUGCAACUCUGAGAUUGUCUCCUUCCUGACAACCCAUCACCAAGAACUCACUCGCAAGGUUGAUUUCUGGAUGAACAAGUACGAGAAGGAUGUUGAGGCCAAGCAGCACGAGCUGGACGUGCUCAAGGCAUCCAAGGCCAAGGACCUGGAGAAACUUCAAGAGCUCACCAAACUGUAUCGAGAAUACGAGCAGGUAGUGGUAGAGGAUAGAAUUGAGAAAGAGAAAGCCCGCAGAAAGCAGGAACAGGAGGCCAUAGAGUUGAAGGCAUCUAUUAAGGUCCAAUCGUGGUGGAGAGGAGUUAUGGUUCGAAAGGGGUUUGGCCCCUAUGCCAAGAAAAAGAAGAAGGGCAAAAAGGGAAAGAAAGGGAAGGGAAAGAAGAAGAAGAAGUAGAAGGCAGAAAUUCAUUCCUACAAGAACUGUUUGCAUUUUAUUGGUGGAUAUGUAUUUAUAUGCAUAUUUUAAUACUUAACAAGCAUACAUCUAACUUUAAAAGCGAAUACAGUGUCCUUUUUAGUGUUGAGUUAUUCAAUAUCUGUUUGUCUUAGCAAAUAUUAUAUUUAAAGUAUUUAUAAACAGUUCAAUUUAUAAAACAGAGACGGUUUGAUUUAAUGUUAAAUGCUUAUUUUCAAAACAUGAAAUUUUCUUGCUAGUUGGAAUGUAUGCAUUUGGUCACAAUAUAAAUAUAGUUUUGUAAAAUUUUAAAUAAAAAAAUAAUCUGAGAAA